CCACGGCCAAAGCUACAAGGCGCAGCAGGCAGCGAGCGCAGUAGUUAACUAGAGCCGCCAUUAUGGCUUUCCGUAACCACGCUCUAGAAGCAAGAUCAGAAAAUCGUUUUUUCCCGUUUGUGACUGAGUGCGAGCGCGCCGUGGCCACCGGAAUGAACUAGAAAACGUUCCGGGUCGUGUUACCGGGUCCCGGUGGACCUACUAGCGGACCUUGGGAGUAGAAAAUUUGGCGUGUUUUUUUCUUCCGUUCGGUUUUCUUGGUUCAGGUCCCAGUUUUUUGCACGCAUCCAUCGGGUGAGGGGAAGGUGGUUGUGGAGAACGAGAGGGAGGGUGGGAAAGAAAAGAAAGAAAGAGAUAGGUGACAGUCAACAAAAAGGCGUUCCAACAAACACGCCAGCCGAGCAAGAGGAAGCGAGAGAGAGAAAGAAGCAAGGCGAAGAAAAAAAAAUGUCGAAGCUUUCGUUUCGGGCGAGGGCCCUGGAUCCCUCGAAACCAAUGCCCAUAUAUCUGGCUGAGGAGCUUCCGGAUCUGCCGGAAUACUCGGCCAUCAACCGUGCCGUGCCGCAGAUGCCCAGUGGAAUGGAAAAAGAGGAGGAAUCGGAACAUCAUCUGCAGCGAGCAAUAUGCACCGGGCUGAUCAUUCCCACGCCGGAGGUGUUCGAGGCGACCGAUUCGGAGUUUUACGAAAAGUACUACCCGACGGACUACAAAAUGCCCAAGCAAAUGAUCCACAUGCAGCCGCUCAACCUGGAACAGGACGUGCCCGAUUACGACAUGGACAGUGCGGACGAGCAGUGGGUCAAUACGCAGGGCAAACGGCUCGAUCUGGACCCGCUCAAGUUCGAAACGAUGAUGGACCGGUUGGAGAAAAGCUCCGGCCAGACGGUGGUUACGCUGAACGAAGCCAAAGCCCUGCUCAAGCAGGACGAUGAACUGAGCAUAGCCGUGUACGACUAUUGGCUCAACAAGCGGCUCAAGACGCAACACCCGUUGAUCCUGUCGGUGAAGACGGAAACCAGGGGCAGCACCACGCCGAACAAUCCGUAUCUGGCAUUCCGGAGGCGAACGGAGAAGAUGCAAACCAGGAAGAACCGCAAGAACGACGAAUCGUCAUACGAGAAGAUGCUGAAGCUGAGGCGAGACCUCAGUCGAGCGGUUACCCUGCUGGAGAUGAUCAAGCGGCGCGAGAAGAUCAAGCGCGAGCAGUUGCAUCUCGGCAUCGAGAUCUACGAGAAACGUUACCAGGCGCAGGACUUCAACGGGCAGCUUCUGGCCGAAUUUACCUCCAGCGCAACCAAGGCAUCCAGACCCGCAUUUGCUCCGAUCUACUCGAAUCAAUAUUCGGCGCACCACACGGCCCUGGGCAGUUCCGGGGGGCAUGCAAGUGGUUCCGGGGCGUACCACGGACCAUCUUCGUCGUCGACGUCUCAGUACCACGUGGCAGGAACCAGUUCCAGCAAGCGGGACAGCGAGAGCCUGAGCAACAGCCGGAAGGAGAAACGACAGUACAAGAAACGGAAGCACAAAAUACAGAAGGAACGACCUUCGGCGAGCAGCUCGACGGUAACCGGAAGCUCCAGUGUCGGACUGGGCACGGCCGGUGGUGUGGGAACGGGGGUCGUCGGUGGGUAUCACUAUCAGUACCAUCCGGCUGGAGCCGGCGUGGGAGGACUAGGUGGAAUUGCGGCCUCGGGCGGUGCCGGUGGGCGAGGAGAUGCCGCCAUCGGGAGUGGACUGGGCAGUGGCGCUGCCGAUCCGGCGUUAUCCUCCGACGAGGAGGAACUUGCUAACCUGCAAGGAACCACCGCCCCGGAGGAGGAAUACGCGUACGCAUUUCGGCGGAGUAAACUUAGUCAAUAUCAUAGGCCCAUUACGAAAGGUUUCGGCGAUUGGCCGUGGGUGUCCAAGGAGGAAAACGGAAAAGCGGAUCCACGGUAUCGGUUUGCCCUCACAUCGCUGCGACAUCCCAGACCCCGCUGCAUUGGAUUCGCCCGGAGGCGCAUCGGUCGCGGUGGCCGGGUGAUUAUUGAUCGCGUAUCCACCGAUCUGGAUGACCUGUGGUCCCGGUUGGACUACAAGAUCAUCGAGUCGGAAACGACCCCGGCUGCGGCCGUUGCCAUGGAACCCGAGGAGGAGAGCAUCGUCGUUCCGGUGUCGGCCGGUGGACUAACGACGGCUACGUCAACAGCAGCUUCGGCGUUAUCAGUGGCAACACCUACGACUGUCAUCGAUGAUAUGGAGAGGAAGUGGAACGAACUCGAGUCGAAGCUAGUGGUGAACAACAACAACAACAACAACAGUGGUAUGAAACGAACCAGACAGCUAGUGAUCAAGGAAGAAACGGACCUGGACGAUUUGUUUAUGGCCAAUUUCGGGUUGGCCAGGAGAAGAAAAACCGACGGCUUGGCGGAGGAAGAUGAGAGUGACAGGCUGGUCGGUGAUGUGGUGGAAGUGAAACAGGAAAAGUGCAGUGAUGAAAGGACAUCGGUUGCCGCCCAGGCAGCAGCGGGAGGGACGUCCUCGUCGACGUUUGUAAUUAGUAGUAAUAGUGGUAGCACCAGCAGUACUAGUGUAAGUGUGAAUAACUCAGAAAAUAAUGUGAUAAAAAGUGAAGCUGGUGGCAUUGUGACAGUGAAGCAGGAGGUCCUGGAAGAUUACGAGCACAUGAUAGACAAUGUAAAUAAUAGCUAUAGGAACCGGAUAAGCAACAAUAGCAGCAGCAGUAACAGUAACAGCAGCAGCAGCAGUGGUAGCAACGUCAAUAGUAGGAACAAUUUUAAUCAAUCGUUUAGCAAUAGUAUUAGCGGUAAUUUGCAGAAUCGUACAGUAUCCCAGUAUCAGCAGCAAUUGCUGCAGCAGUCGUUGAGGGUGCUUCAACAGCAAACGGCGACACCUGGGUUGACCUCUGCGGGAUCGCUGGACGCAUUCAGUAGCAGUCGGUUGAACGAGGACCUUGGGUUGGACGACUCGGCCGCUGCUGCAGAUACCUCAGCUAUUGCCAGCGUGUAUACGGAUCUGUUGAACGAUAUCCAAUCCAGUUGGCUACACUUCCGACCAAAGACGCCGGAACCGAUGCUGCAAGCGGAGGAUGGUCUGCUAGACGAUGAUCCGUUGUUCCAAACGGAUGCCAACCGGAUAGCGCUGGAGCUGCAAUCACUUGGUACCGAUUUUCCAGGAGAUAUCUUUAACCAAACCGACAGUGUUUACAGGACGAAACAGUUUGCGCUGGAUAGUCUCGUGGAGCCGCAUCCAUUGGGCUUGGACGAUGCUGCUGUUGCUUCUGGUCGGAAAGACGCUACGGAUGAGUUGGGGAUCAAGCUGGAAACGUGUUCCAAUUCGGAUAACAAUCUCAGUGGGGAUAGUCUAAAUGAUCUGAACCUCAGUUUGAGCGAAUCCAACGAGGAUGAAAAAAUGCUGGACAAGAUUUUGCAAGAGUGCCAAAUCGAUGACAUGAAGUCGUUGAACCAGACGAGCAAUUUCUGGAACGGAAUCCUAGAAGACGGGAUACUGAAUCAGUUGGAGACGGCAGACGAGACCGGUGCUGGCACCGGUCCUGACGUGAAGGAAGACCCUCUCACGAUACGAGAACUCGUCAGCCCACCACCUACCGAAGAACUAUCGGCUCACAAAAUCGGCUACUGCUCGGAGCUGGUAGGCUACGACCGGCUGGCGAACGUUGAAAGGUUCAAGAGCAAACGAAGGAAGAUUCUGAAGCGGUGCAACUAUUUAGUAGGCAGUAGUUUCUUCGCCGUACGGAAUCCACCGGCAGAGGAAAUCUUCAAAAAGUCAUCUGAUACCGAAGACAACAUUCCUCUAGAGGCCGAAAAAGCGCCAGCGGAAGGAACUGAGCCCGUUCCCAUGGAAACCGAAGUCAAGGUGGAAGAAGAAUCUGAUUCCGUAUCCGCUACCAUUCCCGCCGAUCAAAUCAAAAUUGAACCUCCAGACGAAUUGCUUGCAGCGUGUUCCCCGUCUGCACCCGCAUCCCAGUCCCAUUCCGCUCCCCACCUACAGACGAAUACUUCCGUGCUACCAGCGGGAAGUACUUUCCAGCAGCAUUCUCUCUCGGCUCCGCAAAUCAAACUCGAACCCAUCAAUCACCUGCAAGCUGCUUCCGCCGUUAGUGCCGUUGCUGCUGCAGCGUCCCCUGCUACGGCAGCCACAUCAUUCCUGAUUGCUUCUCCUUCGGUGCAAGUGGUCCAACCCAGUCCACAAGCCACUACAACUGUGAUGAACCCAAUGGUAGCGACGGCACAAACAACCAUCCCAGUACUCGCCGCCCAGCAUCAGCUGCAAGCGCAUCCUCAGCACACCACCCUGUCAGGCUCAUCUAUCACGCUGACCGGAAAUACUGGAAGCGCUAGCAGUAGCGGCACUUCGACCCCUACCGGUAGUUAUAUCGUGCAGCAUACGACGCCGAUCGUACUGUCGCAGCAGCAAAUGCAGCAGAUUGCCACCAGUGGAGGCAAUAUUUUGACCGUCAGUGGGAAUCAGGUGCUAACGGCGACGAAACAGGUACUGCAACAAGGUCAGCAGCAUCAGAUACAGCUUCAGCAUGCAACGCACAGCCAUCAGGGUGAGACGUAUGUGUUGACGACGGCGACUCCGGGCGGGCAGUCGUCGCUCAAGAAGCAAAUCAACGGGCCCAACGAUAAGACAGUGAAACAAAACUUCAUCAACCCGAAGUUCCAUACGCUUAUAAACCAGAAGCUGGCCGCCGCCGGUCAGAAAGCUGGUGAUCUCAACAAGAAGCAACUGGAGAUGCUAACGAAGGCUCUCGUGUCCUCGCAGAAGAUGCUCGUCAAAUCGGCCUCCCCAGCGAAUCAUGGGGCCUCGGCUGCGGCGGCUGCUGCUGCUCAAGUGGUGCAACAGCAGCAGCAACUGCAGCAACAUCAGCAGGGAACCAGUGGCACCAGCACGUAUAACGUGAUACAGAAUUCCCUCCAGCAACCGAUCACCAUCCUCUCCUCGACGGGCCAAAAUCCUCAGCAAGGGACGCAGAACAAGAUCAUCCUGACGUCGUCACCCCAGCUGAUCCAGCAAGCUGCUGGUCAACUGAUGGCUGCUGCUGCGGCGGCAUCACCCCAUGGGAAGAUUGCAAUCAACUCGAGUCUACUGCAGCAGCAGGGUCAGCAAAUGGCUCAGUUUCAAACGAUGGAUGGCGGCCAAGGGCAGGUGACUUCCGUUGGCAGCGGAGGACAACAGCAGCAGCGAAUCGUUUACGCCAAUAUCAAAAACAAUCGCGGACAGUUCGUGGCACACCUCAAUCCUAAAGUCGUCAACAUCAUUCAACCUAUUCAGCAGCAGAAGUUGAUGAACAGUGUCAGUGCCCUACAACAACAGCAACAACAGCAGCAGCAUCAGCAAAUAACGACGAAUGUGCAGAGUAUCCUGGGAGCGUCACAAUCGACCGCCACCACAAUUGUAAAUAGUAAAGGGAUUCAACGGAUACCCGCGGUCAGUAUUCGUGCCCAACAAAUGCAACAGCAACAACAACAGCAGCAACAACAACAGCACCAGCACCAGCAGCAACUCGAUUCCCAUGGAACAACGACGGUUGCGGUCGCUACCAACAAUGCAACCAGUAGCAUAAAGUUCAUCCAAGUGACACCAGCGGUGGCCGCAGCGGCAGCGGCUGCAGCUGCGGCCAACGACAACUCUGCGGCGGCGGCAGCGGCGAUGGCAUCGGCGUCCAGCAGCGGCAGCAGCAAUACCGGUUCCUUGGUUGUUCCGUCCUCGUCCGGGGCCGGUGUGAGUGCCGCUGGGGGAGCCGCCGGAAGUGGGAACAACACCGUCGCCACACCGCCCACCAGUAUCAACAUUACCAACAGGUGAGAAUCGAAGAGCGGCCAGCUCGAUAGGUAACUGUUGUUAAUUUUAACUCUAACUUAUCAAUAACUACCUACUACAUUCAUAAGCAAACUUCAGUCAGUGUUGUGUAAUAGCGCGCAGAGGAAAGGAAAACGAGAAAAAUGAUACAGAAAAUGAAAACAAUAGAGGACGAAUCCUAACAACAAUGCAUUAGGAGGGGUGAACGACAGCGCUAAAAGGCAGACCGGUUGAAUCGAACUUUGUGGAAACUGGGAUUAGGAUCUGUUUGUUUGUAACGAAUGUGUUUCCUACAGCAUCUAAGAUAUGCAGUCGGCUAGUAGCAUGUAGAACCGCUGGAAGAGAGGAAAGUUUUGUGACCUAUCUGUGCCCUGUGUUAGUCACUGGUGAAUAACUGAUCUCAAUGGUGCCACCACCUUUAGGCUUCCGACGAUCUAAAAGACGGUGGCAGAGCAUUCGCGUGUACGUACUGGUAGUAGAUGAGUUGUGGGUAGUUGAGGAGGGUCAAUGCAAAAGCUAUCGAAUAGUGAGACUCAAUCAGCUUAUGGUAAGCUAAACUAGAAUGUUAUAGGUAGGGUAUGAUGUGCUAAAUUCGGUUCGUCUGUGUUGUUUUGUCUAGUGGAACUAUUUAGGUAAAUUGAGAUGCUGGAAUCCAUUAGGUAGUAGUGUGUAAGAUCUAUAAUGGACAGUGGAAAUACAAUUCGUUAGGUUAUCAAAACUGAACUCUCACUCUCUCUCUCUUUCUGUGGCGUGCGUGUUUUCUUCGAGAACUUGGGUUGAGUGUAGAUUCGAGUGUCAUAUCUGGAUAAAC